GUAGAAGGCUGCAGUCUGCGACAUACCACCUCGUUCCCAGUUUUCUGUGGCCGGAGUCUACAGCGAAGACUUUUUUAAUUUGACACUUGUGUCGGUUUCCUUUGAAGCACUGCUGUGCGUAAUUGCGCACAGUGCCACGGCUUGAUCCUCCAUUACGCAAGACAGUGGGAAGACUUAGAUCAGCAGAGCUGAAGAUGACGUGUAGGCUCUCUCUGGCAGCAGUUAUUGCCCUCCUGGCACUGCUGCUGCCUUCCUCUCAGGCCCAGGAGCAAGACACUCAGUCUAACACUACAGCGAAGGCCGACAUCGUGCUGCUGCUUGAUGGCUCCUGGAGCAUUGGGCAAAUCAAUUUCCAAACCAUCCGCAACUUCAUCGCUCGCAUGGUCAGCGUGUUUAACAUCGGCCCAGACAGUGUCCAGAUUGGUCUGACUCAGUACAGCAAUAAACCAAAGACUGAAUGGAACCUUAACGCCCACCCCACCAAAGCAUCCCUGCUGCGUGCUGUUGCCACCCUGCCAUAUAGAGGAGGAAUCACGCUGACAGACACUCAGUGUAACACUACAGUGAAGGCCGACAUCAUGCUGCUAGUCGACGGCUCCUGGAGCAUUGGGCGCAAGAACUUUAAAACCAUGCGCAACUUCAUCGCUCGCCUCGUCAGCGUGUUUGACAUUGGCCCUGACAGAGUCCAGAUCGGUCUUGCUCAGUACAGCGGUGACCCAAAGACUGAAUGGCACCUGAACACCCACCCCACCAAAGAGUCCCUGCUGAAUGCUGUUGCUAACCUGCCAUAUAAAGGAGGAAACACCAUGACAGGAAUGGCUCUGAACCAUAUCCUCCAGAACAACUUCAAACCCAACGUGGGGUUGCGUCCAGACUCCCACAAAAUCGGCAUCCUGAUCACUGAUGGAAAGUCCCAGGAUGAAGUCAUCUUAAAUUCACAGAACCUGAGAGACAGUGGCAUCGAGCUCUACGCUAUUGGUGUAAAAAACGCUGAUGAGAAUGAGCUGAGGUCCAUCGCCUCUGACCCAGAUGACAUUUACAUGUACAACGUCUACGACUUCAAGUUCCUGGUGGACAUCGUUGACGAACUCUCUGUCAACCUGUGUAACAGUGUUAAGGGCUCAGGUCAUACUCUAGAGGCGCCCACCAAUCUGGUGACUUCAGAGGUGACACAGAGCUCCUUUCGUGCCACCUGGACUCCACCCAAUGGCACCGUGGAGAAAUACCAUGUCACUUACAUGAUAGCUAGGAAACGCAUUGAGAAGCUGCUAGUCAAGGGAUCGGUGAGCACUGUAGUGCUAGAAAAUCUAAACCCUCUGACUGAGUACAUCAUCAAUGUUUACGCUGUGGUUGGCAAACGGAGCAGUGAGCCUCUCAGGGGCACUGAGACCACCCGAGAUGGAUAGGUGCCAUUUGAGCUGAUGGAGGCGUCAUUCAGAUGGAAGUUUAACUCCUCUGCUUCAGCCGUAUGGUCCCAGUUCCCCAAAACCAGUCAGCCACUUAAAAAUACUCCAUCUGUGUUGGACUACGUGUUUCAUGUUGUGGCAUUUUAAAACACAUUUAUAAAUGUGACCACAUUACAGUUCUUGUACUCUCUCUCUGUUGACCUGAGGAUCAAUAAAAACAA